AUGCAGUCCUGGCAACGAAGAGGACGGAGACCGACAUGUUUAUUACUUUUAUGUUCACUGUGGCUUGGGAUUCUAGAUGAAGCUGCAGCAGUGUGGCCUUUCCCCGCGAAACGAUUCUCUGGUGAUAUGCUCAUUGAUGCUGGGAGCUUGGGACUGGCCGAACUUGAUGGACGCGUAGUCGCAUUUGGAGAUUUUAAUGGAGACCAAUAUACAGAUAUAGUCACUCUAAGCACCGAUCAGAGGACCUUAACGGUCUACAUAUGGGACCACAGCAGAUACCUCUUCACGAAGACUCAAUCUAUACCUUUCUCACAGAACGUUGUUAACGUCGUUGCCGGAGACUUCAGCUUUGAUGGUCGGUUGGACAUACUGGUUAUGAUGAGUCAGAACACUGGAAGUUGGGGGAACCAGGCUAUCCAGGUGGGGAUGGCGGUUUAUCUCGGACAGGGAAACGGGAUGUUCUCGGGAUCUCCGGUAGCUGUUCCCGGCUCUGCGGCCGAAGAACCAAUAGUACUCGAUGCAACCGGAGAUAUCAAGGUGGAUCUCCUCGGUAUGUUCCCAACGUCCUCUGCACCUGGACCUCCCACUUGGCGUCUAUGGCAAAACAUAUGGAACACGACAGCAAACGCUGGUGACAUGUUUGAGCUAACAAGUCCCCCUCUAAACACCUCGAAAGUCUGUAAGCUCUCCAAUCCGCACAGCAGCGCUGUCAUAGACCUGGACGGCGACUGCCUGGCCGACCUCUUCCUCGUGUGCGAUUCCCCAACGUCUGCAAACCGAAAGACCUACCAGAUCUGGAUCAACAAUAAGGAAGGCGGAUUCACCCUUUCGCGCGAAGGCGACCUACCCCCUGGAGUUGGGCCGAUAACCUUUGCGGACAUGGACAGGGAUGGGACGAUCGAUCUCGUAUUCCCCACUUGCCAGUCAGUCAAUACCGACACAGGGGUGGGGACGAACUGCGCGAUCAACAUCGCAUACAACAAGCAGAUACCGACCUGUGCAGGAUCUACAGGAGUGAUCUACCCACAUGCCGUCGGCUCCUGCAGACUGCCAACCCAGCUCUGCGCUGCGGAUUCAAACUUCUCCUUCGACUUCACCAACUCCCCUGACAACGACGCAUUCCAGAGCAUCCCCCUGACCUCUCUAGGCGCUUCCCACUCAGCCAACCUCCUGAUGUUCGACCCGACGUUCCAUCCCCCACUCCCCCUUCCAAUCCGGAUCGCCGACACCUCCCUCUCCGGCUACCCCUCCCUCCUCCCGAUAAUCGCCACCCAGACCCCUGGUGGGGUGCUAGGAAUUGGGAGCAGUCUAGAAACGUCCGUCCAGUUGCUGAAUAAUGUGCCUUGCCGUGAGGGCAUCCCUGGCUGCGAGGGGGAGAGAAUCGCCAAGGGGAGAAGAGCGUUCGCUGUCGCAACAGAUGGGACACAAGUGCUGAAGGCGAUUCAUGACGUGAGAGGAGUCACCGUGAUCGACUUGGACGAAGAUGGAACGCUCGAUCUGCUCAUCCAACGCACCGGUACGCAAAGUACCACCAAGCUCACCUUUGUCCAAAACAACUUCUUCCACGACGCCUUCUUCCUCAAAGCCAUCACGCUGAACGGCGCCUGUUCCGGGUUCUGCCAGAGGGACGGGGAGAACUACAAGCCUUUCGGUACUGGGUUCCCGGGUGCGUCGUAUAAGUACACGAUCCUCGACACGACCGGGAAACGGUCUGCUGCGCAAGGCAUGUUCCCCACCCAACAUCUCGGGCAACAACCGCAGACAGGGUAUCACGCCCUCCACACGCCAUACGCCUACCUCGGCCUCGGGCGGACAAACAACUACAUCGAGAACCUCUUCGUCGGGUCCACGUCGCACGCCGAAGCGCACUACAUCAACCUCGAGGGCGUGAUCCCCAAUUCCAGGCUGGUGGUCAACCCUACCGUGUGGAAAUCGAAUUGGGAAUACGAGCUCUACCUAAGGCCGGGGGAUUGGAUUCCCUGGGUGACGGUUGUGGCGCUCGCGAGCUGUGGGUUGCUGGCGAUUAUCGUGUUUGUCUUGCAUUUGAACGAGAAGCGCGAGGACGAGAGGGAACGGAGGAGAGGACUGCAUCAUAUCAACUUUGACGCGCUAUGA